CCGACGUGAAAGGACAAAACUUCGGAACCCAGAGCGCCUGGGCUCCCUGCAUUUGCAGCUAGGGUUUUCAUCGCUCCCCCGAACUCCACGCUCCUUUCCAACUUUAAUUAGGGUUUUGAAAUCGGAGAUGGCGGAUGGAUACUGGAGUCGGCAGCAGCAGCAUCUUCUCCCCUCGGUCAGUUUGCUUAAACGGCCUCGCACUGACUACGAACUUGCGCCUUCUGUGUUGCCUUCAGCUCAUGAGAUGCCAAACUAUCUAGUGCGAGAUGAUGAUCGUGGUGGCCCUCAUGCAGUAAAGGACACAAAGUCAAUUGGAUCAGCUUAUGAUCGCUAUCUUCAGAGUGCGCAACUUUCAUCCUUUACUUCUGCGGAAGCCAGUACACUUCGUGGAGUUGGAUUGGGAAGGGUCUCUGGUGGUGGAAUCACUGGAAUGCCUGGUCCUGGUCCUGCAAUGGCUGAUCCUGCUGUGUUGGGUCGCACUGGGAUUGUUGGUCCUGAUCAUACUCCAAAUGGUCGAAAUGUUGGUAUUGGUAAUCAGCUUCCCUUGGAUGCAACUAGGCCUGGACGUGAAACACAGCCUCUACCCCCAGAUGCUUCCAGCACUUUAUAUGUUGAAGGACUUCCUCCCGACAGCACAAAGAGGGAGGUAGCUCAUAUUUUCCGCCCUUUCGUUGGAUAUAAAGAAGUGAGACUUGUAACCAAAGAAUCCAAACAUCGGGGUGGAGAUCCUCUUAUCCUUUGUUUUGUGGACUUCGUAAAUCCAGCCUGUGCAGCAACCGCCAUGAGCGCCUUGCAAGGUUAUAAAAUGGAUGAUAAUGAUCCUGAUUCAAGUUACUUGAGGCUGCAGUUUUCACGAAACCCAGGUCCGAGGUCUGGCUCUGGCUCUCGUGGUAAGAGGUGAACAGGCUUCAGAUAGAUAUACCUAGGUUAAUGCAGCUGACAUUGGUGCGACACCUGUGGGAAGUGCUUGUCCAUGAUACAAUGUACAAACAAAUGCAAUUUAAAUUGCUCAAUCCUGACCACACAAAUUAGGUGCUUGUGAGGUGCGGCAACUAUUGAGGUGCAAGAUGGAGAAGGAAAUCCCUUGUUUAUGCAGUUUAACGGAUAGAAUUUUGUAUGUUAUGUCCAUAAUUACCUUCAGGAUGAAUUUCUGUGCUAAAUUCUAUCUCGAGCUCUUUGAAUCUGUCAACAUUUUAUUAAGCAUCUGCAUUUAUAAGGUUAUGAAUGAUGGAGGUAGAUUCAAAUAUCACACUGAAAUAUUUUAUGCUUCA